CUACUCUGCGGUCUGAAACGACCUAAGAGCCGACGGCCGCACUUCGAUUUCGCCCUUCAUGCCGAUGCCCAUGCCCAUGCUGCUGUGCAUGUGCCUCCCCAAGGACAGGUCACCCAACAAUGGGUCGGCUGCGGCGGCCUACGCGUGCACGUCCAUCGGCACACCAUUUGCCAUUACCCACGACUUUCACGUCUCUUACAAUUUUGAGCUGGCGCGGUUCGAGAUUCAAGGGGACAGACCACAUCCUCCCGAGUUUGCGUCUCAGCUCGUCAACUGGAACAUGCAUCAGCACUUUAAUGUCCCGAUCCAACAAAUCCCACGUGUUGCGUUACCACCAUACGAGGACCGUAUUCCUGCUGUCCUCCUCAUGCUGCAGCAUCAGUUCAACACGCACAACGGCCACGUUGUUCCAUACAUCUUCAGAGAGAGUCCAGGAAAAGCUGAUCGCGAUCGAGCCAUUCAAGCCAUCAAUAGCGGCACGUUUAGCGGCGAAGAUAUUUCGGAUGUUCGCAUUGUGGCCGACCUGAUCAAAGUGUGGUUCCGAGAGCUUCCGAUCCCGCUGCUCCACCAAAUCCCGCUCACAGUCAUGGAGCAAAUUAACGCAACAUCAGGAGACUGUCCCAACAUGGUGGAUUGCAUGGGGACCAUGGAGCUGUCGAUUUUGCAGUGGCUGGCGGACCUCCUGCUGCACGUCGCGUCGUUCGAGCACAUCAAUCACAUGGGGAUUGACCAGCUCGCGAUCAUUCUCGCGCCCAAUCUCAUACGAAUCGACACCCCCAAUCCCAUGGUCGCUGUAUCGCUGUCCAAAGCAAGCGUCGACUUUCUUCGGCGGUACCUCAAGCACCGCGACGCGAGCGUCAAUCCCUCCACCAAUUUACCUCCAGCAGUUUAACUCAAUAUUUAUUUGUCAUAUAAUUCCUC